UUUCCAGCACAGAGGUGAUUCUCAAGAGAAGAACUCCAUGAUAUCAGCAUCUUAUUUGAACUCAAGAUAAGAUACAGUCAUGUUCUUUAUUCUUCUGAUUGCAUCAACGUUUACCCAAGGACAUACAAUUGUGAGCCAUGGGGACAGUUUCAUCACAGCAUUUCCAGAAAACUUAGGUUACUUUUACCCAUUUGAUUCUGGAAGAACUCUUAGAGUCACCGCAUUACAUGACGGAACUUCCUUCACCGUCUACUUCAACAACACAAAAAGAAAAAUACAAGACCUGAGUAGUGGGGAAACUGCAAAAGUGACGUUUCCAAAAACUGCUGAAAUACAUGAACUAGACUACUCGACUAACUCGAUCCGAAUUACGAGUGACAAAAAUGUUGUAGUACAAUCUUUUAGUCAGACAGAUAAAGGCACCAAUUUGGGGAGGAGUGUCCAGACCCGUGUUGUUCAACCCAUAACAAAUCUUGGCACAGACUACUUGAUCCGUCCGCUAAACCAGUCAGACCUUAUCCAAACGUUCAGCGGAUCCCCAGGACCCAUCUUGUCCAAAAGAUACAGCUCGUUCAAGCUGAUCAUCAUCAAUGCGGAGAACACAGAAAACAACAUCACGAUAUUUAAGAACAUUUCGGGCAGUGUGAAGCAAGAAAACUUUACAAUCUCAUCAUACCAGCUCUUCGAGUUGCAGGCCAAUGCUUCAAUCUUCAAGGUUAAAUCUAGCCAUAAAGUAGCAGUGAUUCUGACUCAUCCGUGUCUAGAAAUUGAAGCCUGUAAAUGCAAUAUGAUAGUGAAUCAGAUUCUUCCUACACAAUUUCAGGGUCAGAACUUUGUUGUGCCGUUCAUGCAGGGAAUAACCGAGAGCCGCUUACUUAUGACAUCAAAUGACAUGUCAACUUCUCUAUCUCACAAUAAUGUGCAGUUACAGCCUAGUCCAUCCGGCUUCCUGUCACUUUCAAGUCAGACCGAAUCUCAGUAUGUUAAUUCGUCGGGAAACGUGUCCCUCACACUGAUCAGUCCAGGUCUUAUCAUUGAAGUGAUCCCAGAAAACAUGUUUGCUGCCUGUUACCUGCUGCAGUUCUAUUCAGACAUCAGCGCCACUAAGAAAGCUUUAGUGAUAGCAGAAACUGGAAGCAGGAAAGAUGUACACAAACAAAACAUUCGUGUUACAAACACUAAGUGGACUGAGAUUAAUGGCACAAAAUACUCUUCAGGUAUAAUAUCUUUAACAGAGUCGCAAACCUUCAUCUGGCAUCCAUCCUCAAAGAUUGCCGUUUAUAUUCUGGAGGACACUGAUACGGCAGUUUAUGGAGGACCAGCUAUACCUAUAAACGAUCAACCAGAUGAGUUCGGCUGUGUGGUGAUUCCUGGACAGUUUGAAGUACAAAAUGUGCGUCUUAACUGGACUGAGUCUCUGGCUCACUGCACGAGUCUUCAAGGCCAUCUUGCCUGUCUUAAAAAUGAAGACUUUCAGUCGGAGUUGGCCAAUAUGGUUAACACAACAGAGGAUGAGGAAGCUUGGAUCGGCCUACGUCGUAGUUUGAUGACAACAGAGUGGUACUGGCAGAGGCAAAAACCAUCAACAACCCCAUUACCAUCACCAUCUGUGGCUUACGUUCACUGGGCUGAUGGGCAACCACUGGACAAAUCGAAGGGCCUUUGUGCUUCGUUAUCACUGGAUCGUGAAGAUGCAUUCAAAUGGAAAACUGCGAAGUGCUGUGAGAAAAAGCGCCCGGUCUGUUACAAACCCCCAGUAGUCCUUACUGCUUUAAAUCUAGGUAAAACAGAAAAUUUUUAUUAGGUUCCCAUGUAGCGCCAAAUGAUAUAUGCAUUUUUACACUGUGGCUUUAGUAGUUACAGUCACUGUUUUAUUUCUGGUGAAAGGUACUU